AUGGCAGAGUCACUAUCCGAUCAUGUUUAUUUACCUCCUUUGGAGCCCUGCUUGAAGGGCGAAACUAUCGUCUUAUCGUGGAGGCUACUAGCUUCGGCACUGACAGAUCCUUCUGGCCAUCGACAGAGUAGUUCUGCCGUCGUCGACUAUCUCACCGACCCUCUAGUCCAAUCUUUCUUCACCAAACCCGGCUCGGCCUUCGAUCCGCGAAGCGACAAGAGCCCUCACAAUGCAGCCUUUGUUAAAAAGACUGCUGCCAUACAAGUUACUCCCGCCCCUAAUGAUAAGUAUGACAUAAAUGUCAUUAAAGAAGAUACCCUUUGGUUGAGCAAGACUGCUCUCAUCAACGAGAUCGCUGCUCUCCGGGUGGUUGUUAUCGAGUUCCAAUCACGUCCUCGCAAUCAGCUCUUAGGUCCUAUCUCUAAUCAAGAUGUCGCGAGUUUACGCGAAGCUGCCGGCGCCUCAAAUGCGCAAACCACCAACAUCCUCCCUGGGUUUAAUAUCGUGAGCACGCUCGACGCGGCCGACAUACAGGCAAACUUCGAGAAGCCCGAGAGCAGGAAGCAGCGAAUAUUCCAGACUUACCUUGAAGAACGUCGCUACUACGCUGCUACAAAUGACUACAUUUUCACGUUGAUGCUGCAAGAAAGCAUGCCCGCUUCGCCACGGUCCGAAACGUCAGAGACAAUCCGAAAGUCUUACCUCAAAGCAUACGGCAUGUCUCCCAAACAGCCCCAGAAAUCCCCGAACGAUACUCGCACCAAGGCCUACCACGCUCUCGUAUCUCAAUAUUUAAAUUUACUUCCGGAUUCUAUUACGCGUUCCCAAACCCCUCUUGACAAUGUAGUAGAUGAUAAAAUCUUAUUGACAGAGGAGUUCAACGAGCGAUGGGUUCAUACGUGCCUUACUGAAGCUCUUCACCGCAUGGUUAUUGUCUUCCAGCUUUUGGAUUUGUCAAGCGACGUGUUCGUGUCUGCUCAACUCGCUCAGCAAUGGUUUUCGUUAGUUGAUACACUGGGCUUUUUAGAACAGCUUCAAGGGCUUCCAGGAAACAUAUCAGACUUAGCAGUUCCGCUGCAAUGUCUAGUAUGUGUUAUUUCCCUCUCUAUUCUUAAUCUUCCUCGGAUGAUGGGUUUCUUCGAGGGAGAUGUGGAUUUGAAUACGGACGAUGAAUAUCUUGCCUCUUCGAAUGUUCUCGAACAAAUCCACGACGUACUGGAAGGCUUAAUUGACCAAGGCUCAUUAUAUGCCGUUCCGGUUUUAUUCGCCUGGAUACCAGUGGUACAUGCCAUGUUUUCAUCCUACCAAGAACGUGCAGAGAGACGGGAUGCAAUUCAAAACGAAAAGGCCGUCGAGAACUAUGAUUCGGCUACGCAGAUGGUACCAACCUUGGGUAGGAGGAACUCUGCGGGGAGUAUCACUACGAUUGAUAAGCGGAGGUAUGACGACUUUCUCAUUAACAAGAGCUUGGACCGCGAUUUCAAACGGGUCCAGGUACUUGCUGUUAUGGCGACGGACCGGGCACGAGUAUACGAUGUUAUUGCUGCUAUGUCCUCUUGUCUUGGGACCUCAGAUAAUGCGAUAUUCCCUGAUUCGAUCGGUUCUCGCAUGAGAUGCGCGUUUUUAGACUUGCUCCGUGUUACCUAUCCUUUCGUAGGAUACAAAUCAGAGCCGGUUUACGCUUUAAUAGCCGUUCUGUCUGGUGGCCAAGGUUAUUGGGAUCUCUCACAAUCUCGCACUACUUCUGCGGAGCAAGACGUUAUUACUCUAGCCUUUAACGACGAGGUCAUUCUUGAAAGCUAUUUCCACCAGGCGCUAAACCGUUUCCCUUACGAAUUUAUCCCAUUUCUUACCUUGUGCCGAACCCUUUAUUCUUCGCAUACUAAUGACAAUAAUUGCGAGCUCAUUUUGAAGCUCCUUCAAAAAACGCCGACGCUUACAUUUACUCUGCCCGAUGAUUUCAACGAUUAUCAACUUGCCUACGAGGAGGAUAAUUCUAAUAGCUUUCAGUUUCUAGAGGAUUUCCCCCUUCUUGCCCCAGUAGCAAGCCGGAGGCGAAUUACGGCAGAAGAUGAGCAUUUCAUAAUACCGGCGGGCACCUAUGGCCGAUUCAUUGUGGACGAGGGGAGAAUUGUGCAAGUAGAAUAUGAGCACUCUGCCCUAGCUUUGCUUGGAAAGAGACUGGACGCCAAUCUUGUUGCAAGCAAGUAUAAUUUGGAGCUCGGAGAACUUACCACAGAAGAUACCGCAGAGACAGUGUCGCUGCUUGCUACACUCGUCCGUACGGAAUGCGUGAGAAUUCAAACCUUAGGUGAAAACUCUCCCGAAACUCCAGAAGCUGCACUGGCCAUUGUAGGCGAGGCCAGCCGAGCGUUGUCACGAACCAAGGACAUCAUAUCGGUUGUUUGUGACACCCUAGAUCUUCUUCUAGAUGCCGACCCAGAGGGUAAUGUGCUAGCCGCUGUAGCGGCCUGCCUGCAGUUCCUCCAUGCUGUUCUACCGAUAUGUCCAGGCAGAGUCUGGUCGUAUAUGUCGCGGUGCACAAUCCUUGGGAACCAAAGCCAAGGAGGUCGACUUGCCAGGCUAGUUGGGAGCCUUGACUUAUCUGAUGUUCGGUUGGAGUUUCUGAUGUCUGCUGUGCGUCUAUUCUCUAGUCUCGUCGACAGCGCUAUGAGCAGUUCGGUGCGGCGUAAGACGGGUGCAAAGGCAAAUUCCAGGCAAAAGCAAACCCAGGAUAUAUGGUUAGGGGUUUCAGACAAGAUAGUGACCCAGAUUUCCUUGUCGAUUGUACGAGCAUCGAUGGAUAUUCUAGAGAGUUCGUCGACAUGGAGAUUCGCGUCCGAUCUGGAUCGUAUGGUCCUCGUACGUGACGUGGUACCGAUUAUGGACAAAGUUAUCUACUACACAUUUAGUAUGGACGAUAUAAAUUCGAAGACAUUUUUGAUGUCUGCUCUAGAGCCGGCCGCUAAGUAUGUCUUGGAUAGUUUCCUCGCGCCAUCGGCUGGAAGUCUUCGUAUCCAACCACUUCUCGUUACCCUGGUUGCGGCAACGCAACCCUAUGGCUCUACCGUAUACGCGAACAGGUCCGAGGCUUUCCGGGCCCAGACAAAAGCGGUACUCGGGCUGGCGAAGAGUCUGGUGCGAGUGGCGAAUUUUUUCGACCGGUCCUCGACUACGGUUGAGCACCAACUAUUUAAAGCAACGCCAUUUGUUGCUCGUGUUUGUGCUUGCCAUGACACUUUCAGAGGGCCGGCUGUCGAGCUUCUAGAAGCGUUAGUGAUCAGUUCCGGCAAAAGUACAGGGGAACCUCCUUCUUUACUUGGAUACCUUGGUCCUCAGACGUCCCGUUCGUUCAUCCAACUGUUGUCGACGCUAGACAAGCCUUUUGAUCAAGCCCAGGAAGUCAGUGCGAUCUGGCGAUUCUUUUCGACCAUUGUUAGAAACAGGCAACAGUGGAUGGCGAAUUGUCUUCUUACAGGGAAGACACCACGCGAUGCUAAAAAUGGGACUGGGAAAUCAACAGAGACAUCUUCAAGUUCCGUGCUCACAUCUGCUCUCGAUAGGCUUAGCUCUAUAUCUGAAAUUGAGGAGUCAGAAGUUCUCUCAAUUUUAGAUUUCAUCACCUCGGCCCAAAACUUCUGGCCAUGGACCAUUUUCACCUUACAGAAGAAUACCAGCUUCUUGACGGAGCUCCGAAGGUUCGUACGAGACCUUAAGUCAUCGUCCCUUACUUCCAAGUCCAAUGUAUUACGAGCAUGCAACGAAGCACGGAUCGCUGCAUACGUUGCCGAGAUAUUCGCUAUGCAACUCUUCCACCUUCGGCAGAUAGGCCAAGCCGAUGCAUUCGCCAAUGAAUUGACACGCGAUCUGGACUACUAUCUGCGAGACGGUGUGGCUGUCUCCGGCUACAACCGUGGCCUGCAAGUUAAUUUCGCCCGGAAUUUCAGUAACCAAUAUCCUGGCUGUUCCCUCGAUAACUUCAAGCGGACGUUACUCGAGCCUCGGCCUUUAGGAGUUGGUUUCUACUAUGCCUUAAGCUUUGCAGACAAGCUACUUGCGUUCGACUCAGGUUGGGUUGGACCUCGGAAUAACGGGUUCAGAAGCGAGAUGGAAAAGGCCAACGCUAAUCUAUCGCUAGUCGACGCCCAAAUCAGUCUUUAUCAUGCCUGGGAAUUCCUGCUCCUUGAGCUCAGUACCUGUCUUCCAAGUAAUGAUACUCUAAAAAAGCAGUCUUUACAGGUUGCUCAGCAAUGCUUAGAGGCGAAUGAAGAGACGCAAAGUCACGACCAGGUCUUUGAGCGCCUUGCCGAAUCGCGAGUGAACUUGGCACUUAUGCUUGUGCAAAGGGUCGUCGACAGCGCCCCAUCCCCGGGCGAUAUCACUCAGCUUUUGACAGCCUUGUGGGCAACGGUUAGUAGCGUUCAAGAGCCGUAUGGAUCAGAGAACAUUUCGCUAUACCGAACGCUUCUUAAGCUAUUAUAUGUCACAUUGCGAGCUCAGGUUCGAUCACUAACGACGAACGCAUCUUCCGCUAAGCAUGGCAGUGCCGUAUCCGCUGCAACAGUUACUCAGGCCGUUUUAAGCAUCAUUGACAUGAUCGUUGCCAAAGGAUUCCGAACUUUAGUGUCUUUGGUCCACGACACGCAGCCAUCUGUCUUGCCUAACGACUUUGCCCUUCUUAAUGCUGUCCUGCAAGCCUGUCUUUGCUUUCCAGGGAUGGACCAGAAUCAAACGCAGAUCCUUAAUAUCCUAACCGCGCACGACGUCGUGCAGGCGGCAGUAUCUCUGUACUCGUGGGCGGACAGGAUAGCUGAUCAAGGCGAUCCUAUAUAUGGAGAGCUAUCAAUCCUUUUCCUACUAGAAUUAUCCACGUUGCCUUUGGUAGCAGAACAGUUAGCAUGCGACGGUUUACUUAACCAUAUCACGACGGCCAACUUGGCCAGUUACCUCCGUCGCUCGAACGUGAAACCCUUUGCUGAUUCGGUUGGAUUACAACGCUGCUAUAGUAUAUGGGCUAAGGGUAUUGUUCCUUUACUCCUCAACAUCUUGACGGCAUUGGGUACUACGAUUGCCCCCGAAGUCGCAUACGUGCUUAACCAAUUCCCCAGUCUCAUGCAAUCCAGCGUUGAUAGGUUUGAGCCCCCUAGCGACAGUCGGAGGCGAGACCGCAACGACCGCGACUAUAUAACGCUUCUAUCGGUGUCUGAGAUUCAUUCACUGGCUCUAAUGACACGCGUGCUAGGAGCCUUGCGUGCAAAUAAUGCCAGGGAUGUUCCGGCAGUAGAGUGGGACUCGGCGGCACUUCUAGAGAGCGUUGAGUUCUGGAUAGACCGUCGGAAGCUCCUAAGGGAGAGACUGGUGACCUUGGGGUCGCGCGAGGCGGAGUGGAGGAGUAUGCCGCCCUCGGAUCGGAACAAGGGUAGAGGGUUCGAGAGCAAGCUCGAGGAAAAGGUUGUAGAGCAGUUGGAGCUCGUGCGAAUUGUACUAGGUGAAGGUUUGGAAUGA